AUGGCUCCCUCGACUAUGAAGCAAUGGGUGGUGGAAAGCAAGGAGAAAGACUUCGACGGACUCGUCUACAAGGACGCGCCAGUGCCGAAAGUCGGUGAGAGCGAGGUGCUGGUGAAGCUUCACGCUGCGUCGUUGAAUUACCGCGACCUGAUCAUUCCCAAAGGACAAUAUCCCUUCCCCAGCAACUUCCCCGUGGUCCCCGGAUCUGAUGGUGCUGGUGAGGUUGUUGAGGUUGGAUCCAAGGUCACCGAUUUCAAGAAGGGUGACCGGGUUGCAACCGUUUUCAACCAGGGCCAUCAGUAUGGCCCGGUCAACAUCGCCGCUUCCCAUACCGGACUCGGCGGCGUGCUCGAUGGCCCCGAAGAACCUCAACGCCCUCGAGAGCAGCACCCUCACUUGUGCUGCUCUCACGGCUUGAAUGCCCUGUACGGCUUGAAGCCUUUGAAGCCUGGCCAGGUCGUCCUCGUACAGGGAACCGGUGGUGUGAGCAUGUUCGGUCUGCAGUUCGCUAAAGCCGCAGGUGCGACCGUGAUCGCCUCGACCUCGUCCGCCGCCAAGGCUGAGAAACUGAAGGAGCUGGGUGCCGACCACAUCAUCAACUAUAGACAGGACACUAACUGGGGAGAGACUGCUCGCAAAUUGACUCCGGAGGGCGAGGGCGUGGACCACAUUCUCGAGGUCGGCGGACCUGGCACUCUCGCUCAGAGCUUUAAGGCCAUCAAAUACGAGGGUCUGAUCAGCGUGAUUGGAUUCAUCGGCGAUGGUACCGGUCAGGACCAGCCUACUAUCCUGGAUGCCCUUAGCAACAUUUGCACCGUUCGCGGUGUCUAUGUCGGCAGCAAGGAGCUGAUGCAGGAUAUGAUCCGGGCUAUCGAGGCCAAUGAUAUUCACCCCGUCGUGGACGAGAAGGUGUUCACCCUUGACCAGACUCGGAAGGCCUAUGAGCACAUGUGGGGCCAGAACCAUUUCGGCAAGUUGACUAUCAAGAUCAACUAA